GGAGCCAGCGCGGAUCAGCCCAGCAUGGAGGGGACGCGGCGCGCCCUGCUCCGCCUCGCCGCUGCCUGCUGCCUGCUCUGCGCCCUGCCAGGAGAGGGACAGAAGACAGGAGAGACUUUGGUGAUAUCAUCACCUUUUACCCCAGUGCUACCCUCGCAUCAGCCAACGGAAGAUUCUGGCUUCAGUACACUGACUACUGCCAAUCCUGAGACAAACCUGGAGAAAAACUUGACUGCUACAACAGUCAAUGCCACUGCAGCCCAUUCGACAGAGACGGAGGAUGCCUCCAUCCCUACCACCCCCACAGUGGACACCAAGACAGAGACACUACAGGCUACCACCACUGCCAGUCCUGGGGACAUCACAGUUACACAGCGUGAGCACCACAACAUGAGCUUGUCAGUCAACAGCAGCACUGAAGUCGCCUCCCCUGCCCCAACUGCCAGUACUCUGGAAGAAAACCAGCCCAGCCAUGAAGUCACAGAGUCUCUCAGCACAACUGAAGAAAUGGAUGAUGCCAGCAGUGCAACCCCAACACCUCCUCUGAACAGUGUGCCAGCAACAACUAACAGCUCUCAGCUGGGGCCUUCUGAUGGGCAGACCAUGGGGCCCACAGCAGCAAGGUCUGAAACCAGGCCAGGAACAAGAGAGGAGAGCACUGUGGAGCCCAAAACCUCCUCUGCUCCCAUCUCCACUGUAGAGAGCACAUCCUCUGCUACAGCCUCCAGUACCAUGACAGUGAGACUCCUUAUGACCAGCUCCACCACUGGCACAGCUGCCAUCCCUACCAGCACAUCUGCCUUGGAGCAGCCAAUAGAGCCCAUGCAUGAGAAAGCUUCUGUGUUGAAUGUUGGUGAUGAUGAAAAUCCAGAGCUACCCAGUUCUCCUUUGGCUGACACAACGAGGGCUGAUCCCUUGGUAAUCACUGUGAUCUCCGUCUUCAUUGUCAUGGUGGGCAUCCUGGGCCUGGUGGGCUUCUUGAGAUACCGACAGCACAACAGCCGCAUGGAGUUCCGGCGCCUGCAGGACCUGCCCAUGGAUGACAUGAUGGAGGACACCCCUCUCUCACUCUACAGCUACUAGGCAACCAGGCUGUCCUCUGCCUGGCCGGCUGAACUUCCCAGAGGAGAAGGCCUUGAGGACUUGGUCCCAGAUGAUCUGCUGAGGAAUGAGGGGCUGUGAUUUGCACAUAACUGAAAGAUCCUUUUCAGAUGGCUUCCGGCUUUAGACACAAAUAUUACAGUGUCAAAGUUUUUAUGCUGGGAAUCAGAGCCCAAGUCUGGCCCUUUCCUCCAGGCUCUCCUUGAAACCCUGAAGAGAUGCCUCCUUUUAUUGUGGUGACCAAUUAGCCAAUACAACUAUUGCUAUCAAGUUCUGCAUGGAUCUCUUCUGUCCCUUUUGGCAGCUGCUGCUUUCAAAGGAGGUGGGCAAGUGAUCCAUACAAGAGCUCUUAACACUGGUGGUGUGAGCACAGUGCUGGCAAAGGAGACUGCUGUUUUCUGAGGAAGCCAAGGAUGUGGAGAUAGUUCUCUUAGGCUCCCUCUUGUUCUGUAUUUUUAAGGUUGUUUAUUUUGGGGGUUUUCUUGCACUUUUUUUUGUUCAUGUUUCAGCUUUAGUACUGGGAUUGGCACUGCCCAUCCUGAAAUACCUACCCAGGAGGAUGGCAGACUGCUCUGCUUCCUUCCUACAUUUUCUCUUUAACCAGGGAAAACAGUUUUGUGGCCACUGGAGAAAUGCCCUUCCUACUUGAUGUUGCUUUGAAGUUGCUGGGAGAAAAAUUAGCAUAAUUUUAGCUUAACAGGGCUUGAUAGGACUCAGCCUAUUGCCAAUUAGACUCACUAAUUUGGUCUCACCAAAAUUAGGGAAGCUGGGUCUCCCACACUAUGUGCUUUCAGCAUAUGCAUAAACUCCUUGCCCAGGCUCAGUAAAUGCUUUAGUCCAUUUCCCUACCUGGACUGACACACACCCUUCCUCAGGUACCUCCCAUUUUGUUGCUAGCAUCUGGCUGCUGAAAGUUGUACAAAACCAGUAGUGCACUCUCCUUCCUCUGCUAAUGCAAGGUCAAAGCUCCUUUACUUCCUUCUGUUGGUCUUUGAGCUAGUUGGUGUCUUGUCACAAGGACAGAUCGUAGAUGUAGGUGCCUUUCUCCUCUUCCCUUUCUAGGUCUUAGGCUGAUUAGAUUCUGCACUUGUGCCUCAAAAACAUCACUGCUGUAGACUGCAUUCUAGGCUCUUGGGGUCCCUCAAGGAAAGCCAUGGACCACAGUCUAUGAGUGUAAGUCUAAGGAUCUUCAGGUGCCCUUGCCUUACAAAGACCAGAGUGUGUGUGACAUGGAAGUUGUGUUGCAAUUAAUACCUGGUUCUGUUUUCUAAUUCACAUUUGAUUGCGGAUAGAAAGAAAUACAUGCCUUCUCUACAGUGUUUGAUUUUUGACUAAGACAGUUGCACCCUCAGGAUACAGCAAGGGCUAGAGAUUAUCUACCACAUUGCUCUUACAAGCCUCAGUCUCUCCUUUCAGUAGCAACAUUCACUGACCCCACAAAGGACAGAUUCGAGGCCUCACUAGCAAAAGUACCCUUGUUUUCCAGUGCUGUUAUUGCUCAUCUUAGCAGGGAAACUGGAAUUUCCCCAUCCACAGGGCUCAAACUGUAUGCAAAGCCUGAAGAUGGACCAGAACCAGUCUGGGCCAAAUAAAUGAACUGGGUAAGGUGGUUGUUCCUCCUUCCUGCAUUACUACUUCUGAAGUGCUGACAAAUGGCUGCAGUGCAGUUUGUGUUCAGCUGUUGGCUUUGGCCUUGCAUCUAUUUAUUGUAAGGAUGCCCGGUAAAAUAGGGAAGAAGGGUUGGUUCUCUGUUGUUGCAUGAAAACUAAAGGGCACUUGUCACAGCUCCAAAGGUUUUGUAUCAAGCAUUGUCUGCACAGAGCAAUCUCCCUAGCUACAGACUUGUUUCCCCUGCUGGAGGGCAGGGUGCGACUGGUUUUGGCACAAAGAGAGAGGCAAGUUAGUAGUGGAAAAUAGAACUCCAUCCUGGCUGGAACUGGUGGAGGCUGGCAUAGCUGGAAAAUAUCUCUGCACACAAGUGAAAGGGCAGGGGCUGGUUGUUCUGGUUUCUUGUGAAUUGCUGUCCAGGGGAAAGGGGUGAGGAAGAAAACUCUCCCAACACCGAAGUGCAACUUUCUUUGUAAAAUAUGUUAAUAGUGGAUUUUUUUCUGCAAUAAAGUUACAAAAGCCAAA